CCUUUGCUCACAGCAAAGUUUGCUUAAUUAACCAAUCGAGUUUCGUUUCUGGCUGACAGACCUGAGUCAUAUAAAUCAGCUGUCUGUCUUUCAGAGCCACUUCAGCAAAAUGUUUUCAUGGGGAGAGGACAGUAAGCAGGGCUUUCGGUCGAGAGAUGGAGCAAAUAUCUCAGCAGGUGAUGGAGUUCACCUUUUAAACCUCAGUUUCCGCAUCACGGAUCUGUCAGCGGGUCACAGCGCGCUCGCCUUCAUCAAAAGUAGCGGAGACGCGUACAUCAUUCGCACAAAUGAGAGCAAAGACGGGAGGAGAGCCAGAGGAAAGCAGAAGUUCGUGAAAUGUCAGGAGAAGAUCCAGGCUGUGGGUUGUGGCGAUGAUUUGGUCACACUGCUGUCUGAGACGGGCAAAGUGCUCUGCGUGGACACAGCUCACACUCCUUUGAUUCCACGGCCCCUGGAAGCUCUGAAUAACGUACCAGUUUCUCAGGUUGCUUGUGGGAGCCAGCAUGCAGCUGCCCUAACCAAAGAUGGUCAUGUAUACACAUGGGGCCAGGAUUCCAGGGGCCAGCUGGGUCUGGGGAAGAGGAAGUCAGGCCCCAAUUCACCCCAACACCUCCGAUCUCUGUCAGCGAUCCCCCUGGUUCAGAUCGCUGCAGGGGGAGAGCAGAGCUUCGCCCUCUCUGUCUCUGGAGGUGUGUUCGGCUGGGGCAGAAACGACUGUGGACAGCUCGGGCUGGGAGACACAGCAGACAGACAUACACCAACUCCUGUUCAUUGCCUGAACAUGAAGAAAACUGUUCAAAUUUCCUGUGGAAAGGACCACACUGCCGUCCUGACAAAGGACGGUGCAGUGUUUACAUUUGGCUCUGGUACAUAUGGACAGCUUGGGCACAACUCUUUCAGCGAUGAACUACGACCUCGGCUUGUUGCAGAGCUCUGGGGGGCAAAGGUCACCAAGAUUGCAUGUGGACGACAUCACACAUUAGUGUUAACAAACUCCAAGAGGGUCUACUCCUUUGGGUGCGGAGAACAAGGGCAGCUGGGACACGGAGAGGAGAGCCAUUCGUCUGUGCCGUUACCUGUUCAACUGCAACAAGACACCACUAAUGGUCCCAUUAUUAGAAACAUCUAUGCAGGAGGAAACUGUUCGUUUGCAACGUGCACAUCUAUUCAGGAAGUUAAUGAGGAGUCAAACACUAAUAGUGCCAACAACGUUACGCAGAACUCUAUUGAUGAUAUGAUUGACAAAUGGAUCUCGAAAUGUGAUUCAAAAUCAUGGAAAAGGAUAAAACAGGAAAUCCACAAAAUGUUUUCCUCUGCAUCCUGUGUGAAUCAGUAUUUCCUUGACCAAAGCAAAGAUAAACAUUUCCAGACUUCACCAAAAUGCUCCGGCCUGGACUUAUCACUUGCACAACUUGCUUUUAAGAAACUAGUGAGGAAGGAUGAUGUUUUGAAAGAGGUUGAGGCUGCUGUUCUGCAGUUGCUUCCCUCUCUUGAUGAGAAACCAGUGGGAGUGGAGGGGUUGAGGAUCUUCCUGCUUCUCAGUGAGCUUCUGCAUGUGAUCCAGGAACACAAACAGCGAUGGAGCACAGAGCUCGCUGAGGCGGUUGCUGCUGCCUUACUAAGACUCUCUGCUGAAAGCCUCCAAAUCAUAGGGAACUGGUGGUCCUCACUGUCGUACUCCACCAUGGUUAAACAUGUUAAAGUGUGGAAGCAUGCCCUCUCAGUGAUCCUGUCCUUUGAGCCUGUUCCUCGCAGUUCUGGAGUCAAAAACCUGAUGCUAGUCCUCCAGUAUAUGUACAAUGCCAACAACAGGAUUGCAGGACGUCAGAGAAUUCCAGAAAAAACUUUUUGUUUGGGGAUUAGUGAAAUAUUUCUUGAAGAGGAUCUGCAGCUUUGGCGUUCAAUGUCAAAAAUCAAGGAUAUGAAUGAUCAGCCACUAAUUCUUUGCAACUUCCCAUUUGUCAUGGAUCUGAAAUCAAAGAAAAUGGCUUUUGACAUUAAUGUGGCACACACUCAGAUAGAAAACCAGGUGCCUCCAAAGAUGGUUUUCAUCUGGCCUUAUGGAUGGGUUCCAGAGACUAAUAGAUUUGAACUGAAGCUGAAGCGAGCGUCACUUUUGGAAGGCACCUUCACACAACUGGCUGCUGCUCCUCACAGUGCCUUCAAGAAGCCACUUUUGGUCUAUUUGGAUGAGGACACAAAAGUCACAGAUGUCUACAAAAGAGACUUUUUUCACCACUUGUUUCAUGACGUGUUUUCAGCUAAAUCUGGGAUGUUCUUAUUUAAUGACUCCAAAACACUGGCAUGGUUCUCCUCCAAAGCAACAGAGGAGGACAAGACAAACUUCUUCCUGUUUGGGGUUCUGUGUGGAUUGGCCUUGUACAACAAGAGUAUCAUACACUUACCCUUCCCACUGGCUCUGUUCAAGAAGCUGCUCGGUGGGGAGCCGACGCUGGAGGAUAUGAUGGAAUUUAGUCCAGCUGUUGGAAAGAGUCUGCAGUACGUCUUGCACUAUGACGAUGAUGAUCUAGAAAGCCUUUGCCAGAGUUUUUUGAUUGACUGGGAUGGGACAGAGGUUGAUCUUGAUCCUCAAAACCCUGAAAAGCCAGUGACGAGUCAAAAUAAGAAUGAGUUUGUGGACAUCUACGUGAAUCACGUCUUCAACACAUCAGUGGAGGGUGUGUUUCAGGAGUUCAAGCGAGGCUUCUACCUGGUGUGUGACCGGGAUCUGGUGAAGAUGUUUCGGCCAGAGGAGCUGCAGGGAGUGCUGGUGGGCAAAGAUGUCUAUGACUGGGCAAAGCUGAAACAGAACACCCUUUAUGAGUUGCAAUAUAUUGGCCACCCCAUCAUGCAGAUGUUUUGGGAGGUUUUUGAUGAACUGACAGAAGACCAGAAGAAAGAUUUCCUUUGGUUCCUGACUGGUUUUCGGAGGGUUCCUGUGCUUGGCAUGGACCAAAUCAAGAUGACGAUUUUUGUUAAGCAAAUUCAGAGCGCCUCUUACGAUCAACACUUCCCUGAGUCUCUGACAUGUCACUCAUAUCUGUACCUGCCCUUGUACUCAACCAAGGAGAUCAUGCGAGACAGGCUGACAGAGGCCCUGAUACCAGAGAGAGGAUUCUUGAUGUGAUUGUGGACCAACAGCUGCUGCACAGGCGCAGGGUGGGCCUGAUUUUUAUAUUAGGAUCUCCUUUCCUGGGGUACCUCACGAUAAAAACAAAAUCAUUGUACUGGAUGUACAUGACUUGACGUUGUUAGUCUACUUUAAAAAGGAUGACUGGAGAGCAGCAUUUGCAGCCAUUCCUCCUGAACAGCUCUACAGUGUUAACAGCAUAACUGAAGGCACUUUAAAAUUCUGUGUGAUUUGUUUUUUUUUUGAAAAUAUAAUAUGCUAUAAUUUAACUGAUUAUUUAACAAAUGUGCUGUGUCUCAGUAACAAAGUCUUAUUUUUAUGUGAAAUUUUUUUUUUCUUAGUCCUAGUUUAAAUAAACAAAAAAUUAUGUUCCAGUUUAUUUGGUACAACUUUCUAAAUCUUAUGCAAUCCACUACAACAUUCAUAUUAUAAACCUUAUCUUUGUAAAGUGUGUCGGAGAAGUGUCAGUUGAGUUUCCAGUUUGUUUUUCUUUUGAAUUGCAUUCAUAUUAUAUGUUGAAAGCAAUAAAUGGGUUGAACAAGAAUAGUAUUUAUGUUGUUACAGUCAGAGAAGCCUGUAGUUAUAUGUAAAUUAUGUGUCUCAUCCUUUGUUUAAGUAAUUUAUUAUGCACUUCAUUCCUGUUGGGGGCCAUUGUUAUAUUGUCAUGACUGUAUAUCUGGUUUGUACCUCAUAAAUAAAAAUAAUAUGAAUGAAUGUAGACAGGUUGAUUCCAGAAUAUGUGCCUGUUAAGUAUUUUAUAUGAUUAAAGCUGCAAUGAAGUCUG